AAGAGCCCUUCCUUCCCCGCCGUUUCCAGACGAGUACGAGGUUACCUGCUAUUUUCCCGCCCAUAAAUUCUAUCCUGCCCUUUCUUCAUACCCGGAAAAUGUCCUUCUUCGAGAAAUAGAGGGCUGCAGCUUCGGCUGCAUUCUUUUGUCACUAUCUGAUGUGACAAGGGCCACCUGCCAGUCUAGUAGACUCGUUUGCUUCAAUUCACGCCCACAGCCCCGCUAUGCCUCACAAAAAGCAAAGAAGGCCUAACAAUGUCCCUCAAAAUGGCACUUCGACCGGAGAGAACCGGUCGCCCAUACUUGAGGGCUCGCCCACCAAGGGGCCGGCCCUGGGAACCACAAACUAUAGAGAAAUCCAUGAGGACGAAGCGGACGCUCUGCGAUCAAUAUAUGGAGAGGACUUCCAAGAGGUAGAGCAUAGACAGGGAGCCUGGAAGCAAUCCUCGGAAGUCACGUUCAAGUUGUGCCUCAGAGCCUCCUCGAAUCCCAAUGUCAACGUCUCUCUUCUCGUUGAACUGCCAGCGACUUAUCCUAAGACUGUACCUAACCUGAAGGUCGAGAACUUGGACGAUAUUCGUCGGCAUGCAAAGACAAAGAUAGAAGAUGUUAUAAAGACAAAACCAAAGGAAUUACUCGGGGCAGAGAUGAUAUACGAACUCGCUGUAAAUAUCCAGGACGUCCUAGAAGAUGCGGCACUUGCGCAAGCAGGUGACAAGGAUAUUCCCAGUCUCGAAGAGGAACGCAUUGAACAAGAAACCGCUGCCAUUCAACAGGCAGAGCUGCAACGAAAAGAAGAGCUACGCAAGCAAGAAGCAGCUUCAGAGGAGGAAGAACGAGCACUACAGCGGCUUCUCGAGGACAAAAUUAGGCAGCGUGAGCGAACAAAAGCUCGAGAUUCACGGCGCAAGAGCCGUUCCGCUGCGUUGGAUAUGGAUGAUAAUCUCGAAGAUAGUUCUUGUUAUAUCUCAUUCGACCCACCAUUGAUCAUGAACGACAGCGAGGAUCGACCAUUAGCUUUCAGAGCAGUUUCUGGCAAAACUUUGCUUCGGUCGUCUCCAAACAAAGAGACAUUCACUGUCAGACCACUAGUGUCCGAGAAUCGCAGUCGUGCGCCUCUUCUCGUACUAAAGGAGAUCUUCCUCGACGAGAAGGGCCAAGAGACCUUGACCUUUCGGCAACAGAUGCGAACCAGUGAAGACAAGCUAGAAGCAUUGAAGAAAUUGCAUCACCCAAAUAUUGUGACUUUUAUCGGCUUCAAGAUCUGCCGCCCAGUAAGCAACCAUGAUUCGUCAGAUCAAAGUUGGCAGGUAUAUUCUCUCUUUGAAUACGCCAACAAAGGGUCGCUUUCUGAGCUCUUGGAUUUAGUCAAUACAGUAUCAGUAGACUCAAUUCGUUCAUGGAUGAUACAAUUACUGGAGGCACUGGAUUUUUAUCACCGAAACGGGGUUGUACAUGGCAACAUUCAUAGCGGCCGUGUGAUGCUCUUCCGACACGCUACUGGAAGUACUGCUGUCAAACUUUUAGGAAAUAUUGAAGAAGCUCUCCCAAAAUACAGAGAUCAAAAACAGACCCUGGCAACAUCGAAAUCGCCGUUCUGGCUUCCUCCAGAAGUUACCCAGAAUGAUGCACAUUCAACUGCCAAGACAGACGUUUGGGAUCUUGGUAUCGUGCUCUUACAAAUGGGCUUCGGAAAAGAUAUAUUACAUCGCUACACAUCUGCUAAUGCCGUGAUGAGCAGUUUGGAUCUGUCCGCGCCGUUGCAAGAUCUUCUAAGAGAAAUCUUUAAAUCAGAUCCAAAGAAGCGUCCAACAGCUUUUCAACUUCAGCCUUCGGAGUUCUUCCGCGUCGGUGCCCCUUUGCUCGAAAAUUCUCCAACCACCCAUUCCACGUCACUUUCAAGGCGACCACGCGUUGAUUCCCAAGUCGGCAUGCCAGCUUUCUCGCGCUACGCACAUGAUUUCGAUGAGUCGGGCCGGCUUGGAAGAGGAGGAUUUGGUCAAGUCGUCAAGGCACGCAAUAAACUUGAUGGUCGCUUUUACGCUGUGAAAAAGAUUUGCCAAAAUUCAGCCAGUGCAUUAAAAGAUACACUCUCUGAAAUUAUGCUACUUUCCAGACUCAAUAAUCCCUAUGUAGUGCGGUAUUAUACCGCAUGGCUUGAAGAAGAUUUCGAAACAAUCGACGAAGAUGCUGUGUCAUCGACCGAAGGCGAUUCGUUUGGGAACGGGGAUCUUGGAGCAAGUACAAGUGGUCUAGACUUCAUUAGUUCUAGCGGAUACCCCCAGGUUGAGUUUGGCUACGAUACUGAAGAAGACAUUGGAGCAUCAACAGAUCAAAAGGAUAUUAAUUCCAAACCAGUGGUCAGCUCACAGGCAGAUCCGGCAAUUGAAGUUAGUCGAGUUCGCUCUGGAUCACAGGGUCGACCUGCCACUACAACAUUGUACAUUCAGAUGGAAUAUUGUGAAAAGCACACUCUUCGUGAUUUAAUUCACAACGGUCUUUAUGAUGAUAUUGAUCAGUCCUGGCGUCUUUUUCGUCAGAUUUUGGAUGGAAUUAGCCACGUCCACAGCCAUGGCAUCAUCCAUAGGGACUUGAAACCAGAUAACAUUUUCAUAGACGUUGCAAAUAACCCUCGGAUCGGUGAUUUUGGGUUAGCUACAAGCGGACAGUUUACAACAGCAGUAAGAUCAUCCGCAGCAGCAGAUGAUAUUACUGGAAACUUCACUCGCAGCAUUGGCACGACAUACUACGUCGCACCAGAAAUCAAAUCGACCUCUACAGCUCAAUACAAUGAAAAAGUCGAUAUGUAUUCUCUUGGUGUUAUCUUCUUCGAAAUGUGUUAUCCAUUGCGAACGGGCAUGGAACGAGACCAUACAUUACAAUCCUUACGUGAAAAGAACCAUGUUCUGCCUUCGAUUUUCCAGCAAGCGGAAAAAGCCAUUCAGGGUGAAAUCAUCGAUUCGCUCCUUAGUCAUCGCCCCAGUGAACGCCCUUCAGCUUCGGAACUUCUUCAAAGUGGCAAAAUACCUUUACAAGUGGAAGAAGAAACAUUCCGUAAGGCUAUAAUCGGACUUCUCUCUGAUCCAAAUUCACCCGAUUACAAGAAAAUUCUAUCGGCAAUCUUUUCCCAAUCCCCGAAGAAGAUUGAGGAUAUGACGUGGGAUAUGGAUUCGCGUGGCGCUCCCGAAGCGAACGAGUUGUUCAUCCAGGGUCUCGUAAAAGAGAAGUUAAUACAGAUAUUCCACCGUCAUGGUGCUGUGGAAACAACGAGACAAUCCCUGUUUCCUCGGUCGGGUCAUUAUAAUAAUAAUGUUGUGAGGUUAUUGGAUUCCUCUGGAAACAUGCUACAACUUCCUUUUGACUUAACAUUGCCCAAUGCCCGCGCCAUUCCUCGACAAGAUCCUUCUCUUGAAAAGACUUUUGCAUUUGGACGGGUUUAUAGGGAGUCUCCGCAUGGUGGUGAACCAAGAUCACAUCGAGAAGCCGAUUUUGAUAUUGUCUCCUAUAACACACUUGAUCUUUCUCUGAAGGAAGCAGAGGUCAUCAAAGUCCUUGACGAGAUCAUUGAAGAAUUUCCGGUUCUCAGGUCUGCUUCUAUGUGCUUCCACAUCAAUCAUUCCGACCUCCUCCAAACUAUAAUGGAAUUCUGCCGAAUCACACCGGCUCAAAUUCCUAGCACGAAGGAAGUUCUCAGUCGGUUAAAUGUUGGAAAGUGGACGAUGCAGAAAAUUAGGAGCGAGCUCCGGUCCCCCACAAUUGGUGUAGCAUCGACUUCUUUAGAUGACUUAGCUAGAUUUGACUUCCGAGACACCCCAGACAAAGUCCAGCAGAAACUACAAACGAUUAUGGAAGGUAGUGAGUUUGCUGAUAGGUUAACGCCUAUUUUCGCGCGUUUGAAGGCUUUGGUAUCAUACAUCCAUGGCUUUAAUGUUAAACGAAAGGUCUAUAUCAGUCCACUUGGCAGCCUUAACGACAAGUUCUUCCGAGGCAGUAUCCUCUUUCAAUGUCUUUUUGACAAUAAACGUCGAGAUGUAUUUGCUGCGGGAGGGAGGUACGACAGAUUGAUACAAGAGUUAAGCCCGAAACUGUUAUAUAGUCGCUCUCAGGCGCAUGCAGUUGGCUUCAACCUUAGCUGGGAUAAGUUGAGUACUUCGAUGACUGAGUAUCUCAAGACUUCUACGAAGACUUUCAUAAAGCACAUCGAGCACGAUGUUGAGAGCUAUUGGCGAUCUCGACGGUGUGAUGUCCUUGUCGCAAGUUUCGAUCCGACUGUUCUUCGCACUGAGGGCCUGCGAAUUGUACAAGAACUCUGGACCCACGAUAUAAUUUCCGAACUGGCAGUUGAUGCACCAUCGUUCGAAGACCUUAUAGCUCACUACAAAGAGGACAGCCACACAUGGGUUGUCAUUGUUAAAGGUGAUACCAAGGAACGUGCACUAAAAGUCAAGAACCUUGUCAAGAAGGAAGAAUUCGACGUACGAAGCUCUGAAUUGGCGACCUGGCUUCGUACAGAACUUCGAACGCGGAACCAUCGUGAAAAUUGGACUGAAACCCCAAAACUCGUCAGAAACACUAGCCAAGCCGACACUGGUGGCUCUAGUGGUGAUCGUGUCAAUGAUGUGCGCUUCGUUAUUCCACAGCAUCGGAAUAAGAAGACAAAUCGAAGGAACAUCAUUGAAUCAGCUCUUCUACGCUCGCGGGAACUUGUAGACAAAGCUCUCAACGGACCCAUUGUUGCCGUUGAUAUCAGAGAUGACCUUUUAGAUGCCAUUCGCGACACAAGAUUAAGCGACCCUGAUAGUUGGCGUACUGUGAUUCAGAAUGCUCCCCUCACAGAGCGAAAGUAUCUCGGACAGGCUCAUGAACUGCUUCACGACGUUGCGAACGAAUACCGUACGCCAAAAGAUGGAAAAGAAGGAUACAGCAAUGUUUUUAUUUAUAACUAUCGCACCGGAUCGUGUAUCUAUUACGAUCUGGGGCGACCAACGUAGUGGUUUCUGCACCAAAUGAUGCCUGCACUCCCAGAACUACUCAGUUCAUAAUCUAUUUAUUUGCGACGACACUGAUAAAAAAUUAUUCAAGUCAU